CUGCCUUGGCCCCGAGGCGCCUGGGGGCGGCGCCCGAAGCGCCUCGCGCGCGCCAGAUGUGGGCGCCCCUCCCCGCCGCGCCGCCCCGGCCGCCCCGCGACGAGCCCGAGGCCGAGGCGGACCUCCCUGCCGAGGACCUCCCUGCCAAGGCUCCCGCACCCCUGCUGGAGCGGGCCACCUCGGAGAGGGUCAGGGGCCGAGCCUGGUGGCGUCCCACGCGGAUUGGGCGGACGAGGACUGGGCGGCCUACGUUGGCGCCCAGGAGAGCAGCUGCUGGCGGCGGACUGCCUCGCCGAGGCCACGAGGGCGGCGCUGCGGGAGCGGCUGGCGGCCUCGCGGCUGCUGCGGGAGCGGGCGGCGAGCGGGAGGGAGCUGGCUGCACCGGCGUCCGUGGCAGCACGGGUGCUAGACUCGGCCUCUUGUGGGGCCUCGGCGGCGCGGGAUGCCGCUGGGUCGUUCCUGGCCAGCGCUGCUGCGUACCUGCCGCCUCUCCCUUGUGCUCCCAGCGUGCCCACGGGCAUGCCAGCGUUCACCAUGUGGUACACCACCCCAGCAGAGGUGGCUGACAAAGAUCCGACGCCGGACAGCGGUGGGAAAAGCGCCAGCGGCACCAUUUCCAUAGCUGGCGGUGGCGCCGUCCACGAUGCCCAGGGACAGCCGAGCACUGUUUGCUGUGCGUUGGCUCCCCUCGGGGCUCCAAUAAUUCUGAACGCUGCGAUCACGCUCACCACCGAAUUCUUCGUGACCGUGGGGCGCGGGUCUCUGGACGCCACCGCAAGCGCCUCGUACUUCGCGAACGACGUAAGCCACGGGUUGGUGCGGGUGGCGCUUGCAAGUCUGUUGCCGAGCUCGGAGCCGGUUGUGGGUGCAAUUCUCGACGCCACCCACUGCGGCUGCGAACGCACUUUGCGCUGCUCGCACGAGCACGCCCGCGCCAUGCAGGAGGCGCUGACGCGCGCGGCGGUGCCGGUAGCUGUGUUCUCGUCGUGCUUUGUGGCCGCGUACGCUGCAGACAAGACUUGGAAGGCCGUGCAGGCAGUCCGAAACCAGUCGGAGCAAGAUCAGUUCGGUCCUUGUAGUACAGUGGGGAUCGAAGACCUGGACGAGGAGCCAGAGCUUGCAGAAGAGCUAGAGCCAGAGGAGGAGCCGCACUUUUCUCCCUGUGCCUCUGGCGCGGCCCUUUUCAACUCAGGGGCACAAUGA